CUUAAUUGAGUCUUAAACGAGCUUGAGUUUGAGUUCGGGUCGUCAAUCAAACGAGCCCAUAAUAAAAUCAAGUUCAUUUAAAAUGCAAUAGAAGAAGAACAAAAGAAAAUAAGAGGAUUUUUAGUUGAAAAGGAAAAAAACCGAAAAGAAAUUCGAGUCUCCAUCAGUUUCCCUAAUUUUGUACUGUUCCCAACCAAACACUCUCCUUUCUCCUCAUCAUAGCAGCCGCCGCCGUGCUAGCCAUCAGGCUCUAGCCCUCCUCCUCCUCCUCCGCGGCUGCCGCUGCUCAAUCAGCUCCGUGGAUAUUGUUAAGUCAUUACUCUACUAGAGUCAAUCAUAGUAGGCUGCUGUCACUCUUUGAUCUGUCGAUAAUCAAUGGCUGAGGAAGCUGUGUUAGGAUUUCUCGAAAAGAAUGAGGAAAUAUCGGAUUCUGGAAAGUUCGCGGAGGAGAAAGGCAUUAGCCACGACGAGAUCGUUAACAUCAUCAAAAGCCUCAAUGGCUUUCGUCUCGUUGAUGCCCAGGAUAUUAAGAGGGAAAGAUGGGUGCUCACCCAGGAAGGGGAACUGUACUCUAAAUAUGGAUCUCCUGAAGUACUUCUCUUUUCUGCUGUCCCACCAGAGGGCAUCGCACGAGAAGAAUUGCAGAAAUCUUUUGCAUCAAGAUUGCCAAAUGAUAUUGAUGAAAAGUUGAAGACAUCAAUUUACAAAAUAGGCAGCACGCAGGCCAUAAAAAAUAAAUGGAUUGAAAUGGGGAAGUCGCAAAUCUCGCGAAAGGUCGACCGUGUCGAUGACAGGGUAAAAGACUUGCUUAUACAAAUCCAUAGUGGUGAGGGAGUCGGCGCGGAGGAUGUUGAUGCUCUCAAAAAGAGAAAGCUUAUUAGUUCCCAGAUUUGGAAAGGCUAUUCCGUGAAGAAAGGCCCCAAGUAUGCUCCUAAAAGGAAAAAGGUGGCUACUGAUUUGACUCGCGAAAAUUUACAGAGGGGUGAUUGGAAGGAGAUUGAGUUCAAAGAAUAUAACUUCCUUGCAAAGGGCCAGCCAACAGAGGGUGGCUGUCUACAUCCAUUGCUCAAGGCAUGGCCAUAGUAAUAUUUCAUACUUUGUUGUCAUUUGCGUCCAUAUAUAUCUGAACACACUGGCUUGUGAUGAUGCCAUUUUUUGGUGAAUGUGAUGUGCCCAUGUGUAGAUACUUAAUUUGUAUCAAUAUGGAUCGCUACUGAUUGCAAUUUGAUUUGGUAUCAUGAAGGUUAGGCGCCAAAUUCAGAUGAUAUUUCUUCAAAUGGGGUUUGAAGAAAUGCCUACAAACAAUUUUGUGGAAAGCAGCUUCUGGAACUUUGAUGCACUUUUCCAGCCACAACAGCAUCCAGCUCGUGAUUCACACGACACUUUCUUCUUAAAAGGUUUUUGCCAAACUUCAUUCUGUAACUGUAUUAUUGGACGUUUGGGUUCUCAUCAGUUUCCUUACGUUGGUUCAUAUUUCACAGAGCCUUCUUUUACAAGAAGUCUACCUGAAGACUAUGUUGAGCGAGUUAAACAAGUUCAUGAAUCUGGUGGUUAUGGGUCGAGAGGGUAUGGGUAUGAAUGGAAGAGAGAGGAAGCAGAUAAGAAUCUUCUGCGGACACACACUACUGCUGUUUCCUCUAGAAUGCUUUAUGCACUUGCUCAGGUUAGUGUUGUGGUCGUGGGAGCCUAUUUCUCUCUGUUAGUGGUGAAAGGACCUUUCACUCCCAAAAGAUACUAUUCAAUAGAUCGUGUCUUUAGAAAUGAAGCUGUAGACCGAACUCAUCUUGCCGAAUUUCACCAGAUAGAAGGGCUAAUUUGUGAUCGGGAUCUUACUCUUGGACACUUGAUAGGAGUUCUCAACGACUUCUUCUCUCGUCUAGGUAAAUUUUUACCAUCUUCCAAAUGGUAUUUUCGAAAGAGUUUCAGAAUGUCCAAACUUAAGUUCAAGCCGGCCUACAAUCCUUAUACUGAGCCCAGCAUGGAGAUCUUCAGUUAUCACGAAGGUUUGCAGAAAUGGGUCGAAGUUGGAAACUCGGGAAUGUUCAGACCAGAAAUGCUGCUUCCAAUGGGGCUUCCGGAAGAUGUUCAGGUCAUAGCAUGGGGGCUUUCACUUGAAAGAGAUCUCUUUGGUCACAAGUCUCAUCAAAAGGAAUCCAAUUUGCCGCCUUGGUCUUUAGCUGGGGAUGCCAAACGGCUGUUUUUUAGUAGCUCUUAA